AUCCAAACAAAACAUCAACGCGGCCAUAUCGAAUAAUAUCCGUGUACGAUUCCACCAAGUUAAUUCUUUGCUCGAAUUUCAAGAUCGCUUGUAGAAGAUUAAAUGUUAUUUUUUGGCUUGCUAUUUGGAACGUGAAAUCAGAUGGAUCGGAGUGUUUAUUAAGUCUGAUGUAAGUAGAUGUUAAUCUCCUUUGUCGUUGCUUAGAAAAUGAAUUGUUGGGUUUGAUCUCUUGGCUUAUUGCAGAGACACGAGGAUAUUCAUGAGAAUCGCGUACGCUGAUUUUUAUUAAAACCACGAUUUGAGGGGAUGUGAGCAAGUUUGGAAAAAGCAAUAUACAAGUCGUGUAGGCUGAGUUGCCAGUUCUGCUGGCCCUGUUCUUUAGAAAGAUUGGUAAGGAGCUGGACAUAGGAGUCAUAAUAUUUACAAAUAGGGCAUGUCCAAUAAGGAACUCAUCCUCGUGAUAUUUUGUUGUGGUUUGAAAUGUGAUUCUGCUUCAUAUUCGACACUGGAUUCAUCCGUGAGCAUCACAGUCUGAAAAUGUCGAGAUCAAAUCACGAGAGGGCGUCGUCGAAGCGAUCGAAAAUGGACAGAUACACAGAGGACCUGAAGUAUUCAUUGCGACGUCGACUCUCUGAGUCCGUCGGCAAGGGGACGCUCAGAACAGACGACAUCCUAGCUCGCAACCACCGACAAAUUGUCUCUGACUUCACCGACCCACGGCAAUGGUACUACUCGGCGACCCAUGACUACAUUAUCGCUCUCAUGCGCGAAAGUCAGAAACAAAAUGGCGGAUCAGUAUGGGGAAGUGGGAGUCGAAGGACAGAGCGAGGUUCGUCCAGAGAACAUUCGUCUUCGACAACGAAGGGCGGACGACAGGGAAGGCACAAGGGGUCGUUUAUCGAAAUCCCCACCGAGACGUCAGAAGAUAUUCAAGAAAUACGUGGACUUGCUGGAAAAACCCCAGACAUUGGUAUUCGGGAUAAACAGAUGCAGUCUGAUAAAAGGGGAGAAGUGGAAGGCGAUGCGAGAUCAGUGCAAACACCAAUAUCAAAGGAUACUAAUGCUGACAAUAAUGAGGACGGGAAGAUCGCAUUCCUUGAUUGUUUCGUGCCGAGCAGAAUUUCCCCUGAGGGUAAGUCAAACAUCACGAUCAAACAAGAAGCAACCGUUCCACUUCUUGUAAACACCGAUCUAGACAUUAGCGUCCAAUCGCGAGACUACACAGGAUCUGAUAUUCAUGUCAACAACCGUUUUGAGAAAUCGGGUGACGAAAACCACGGUAUUCAAGCUGGUGUCUCCUCCGAAAUGACAACAGAUGGUGGAUCAAGAGAUCCGCGUGAAGAUAAGAUUGAAACUGAGGAAUAUAAUGUACUCGCCAUGGAAGCUUACAGAGCAUCAAAGCAAAGUCAAUACUCUCGUACCUCUUCGAAAAAGCAUAAGGUUUCGGUUGCUUAUGGAAACCCACACAGCAGCUACCUCACUGGGAAAACGGAAUCUUUCAUACCGGUGGGCAAACGGAGCAAAAGAAGGCCUGUUUUAGAUACAGCAGUCUCGCUUCCUCAAAUUGGUAAGACUGUUCAGACUGAUUCUGAUGAGGAACAUCAAUUCCAAAUGACAAAAUUGUACAAGGUCAGACGUGGUAGAGUUGGCAGUCGAAGGCGGAGGUUGUGUCCUUUGAUUGGUCUAGAGAGAACAUCCGAUAAGAAAGGAGAUCUUCCAUACGUUGAGGAUUGGAUACGAAAGCUACAGAUCAAUGGGAAAGACCUGGUCACCGAUAAACAGCUGGAGCCUAUAGAACGCGUAGAUGAAUCAUUUCCUUACAUGUCGCAACAGCGCCCUCAAAUAACACAGGCUGCAUACCAAGAGAUGGAGCUACCAUCUGAUUUCAAACCUGUGACAGGUUUCCAACAAUUCCAGCCACUCCCAAGUCUCUAUCUGUACUCUUUGAAACAGAAAUCAGACCUCAAAGUUAAGUUGAAUUACUUCGAUAUGCCGAAACUUGACAAACAGAAAACAGAUCCAGGUCACCAACAAAAACAGUCAUUGAAGGAAGAACUGACACAGGCAAGAACUAAGGUACACGUCAUCGAGAACAGGUUGGAGGAACUGUAUAGGGGUGAGACAAAUCUUGACAAGAUUGUUUCAAGGCAACAGAUAAAACCAUUGAAGAAACAGAAUGGGAGGUUUAUUGAUAUCACAUCAGGAAUCGCGAGUCUCAUCCCAGACACCAACUCGUCUCGGGAACGUCCAGCUGAAAACGAAAACGCUGGUGUCCCAACAUCAAUGGAUCAUCCUUGUUUUCAAAAAGUGUCGGAUGGAACAAGUGAAGGUCAAUCCAAGCUUAAUACCAUCAGUUUAUCACUUUCAGCAAAUGAACUUCCACAAUCAAGGAAUGCUGAUCCAUCGACCAGCGAAUCCAGAUCAGCGACGCAGGGAGACGACUUUCACCUGACGUCUACUUCGUUCUGGAAGCAGCAGAAACCAGUUAGUCCUGGAAGAGGAAACAGUGGAAAGGUACUAGAGGGGAAAACACUUCGUGUCUUUGGAGAUCGUGGUGUGGGUAGUGACCAUCGGCUGGCAGACCAGACAGACAACAGUUUGAUGAAUUGUCCAGAUGUGGCCAUUGCAUCUGUACAGGACUGUAACGCUUCAGGGUCAGAUAUCGAUCCGAACACGCAGGAUCAACUUGGCCUUAAAGCAGGAGAUGAAGAGUUAGAUGAGGAUAAAACCGGUUCGAUGUUAUCAUCUGUAGUUCUUGAAGUCCUGAACGACUUGGUGGAUCGUCUUGACGUACCAGAUGAAACCGAUGAGCAACCCUCAUCGACGACCGAUGGUGGUGCAUCCCAAGUAACUGAAGAAAUGACAAUUAAAACGACCAAGGGCAUAUCAUUUUCCGGAGAAUCGCAUAGUGAGAUCGGAGAGGGCAUCAUCCAAGGCCAGAAAAAUAUAGUAGUCCGACUUUGUUCAUUUUGCGAUGAGCCACACGAAAUAACAUGAAUGUUGACUUACUCAUCCAAUGAAUAAAAGAAGAAGUCAGCAUGAUUGCAAAAACAAAAAGGAGACCUAUCAUUAUGGCGGUGUUUGCUUGUUGCUGCAGACUGCUUUCGAAAUCACAACACACUGUCAGAAAAUGUUCUCCUGAAAAGAAAUAAUAGUUCAUGCUUGAAUGCAUGCAGCAUUCUCGAGGAAUGGUGAAAUUUGCUCCAAACUUCCUCACACAAUUUACAUUUAAUCACUUCUGUUUUAAAGACAAUAUGUAUGUGACCAAUUUCUGAAGUCUAGAAUAACAGGGGGGAUGUCUGAAUUUUGUAAUGAAAAUUUAAAAAAAUGCGGCAUUUCAAGACGAAUGAAGGAAGAAAUUAUAUUGGGGACAAUUAGUAAGUUUCGUUUAGGAAGUUCUGUAAGAAAAAAAAAGUUAUCUGCGGCUACAAGAUUCACGAGUAGAGAAACAGAACAGAAUUGUCAAAUUUAAAACAUGGCGAGUAGUAUAUAUAGGUACCCGUUCGCACCACGGUGGAGCAGGUGGAGCAAGGUUGCUCCACAAUGACGUCAUACCUAACUACGGAUAUGACAUCAUCAUGACUAUGCAUGAUGUAAUUGUGACGUCAUACCUAAAAACGAAUAUGACAUCAUCAUGACUAUGCAAAAUGUCAUUGUGACGUAAAAGCUGUAUACAGAUGUGACAUCGUCAUGGCAAUGUAUGAAGUCAUUUCCUGUGUCAAUUUGAUAGGUGACAAUGAGGAGGGGGAAAUGGGUAUUUCCCUCAUGCAUAGAGCGAUGCGCGCAUAAUCAUUCGAGCGUGACGAUAGGCAUAUUGCACAACUUUUGAAAAUAUUACAUGGACUCUUUUUUGUACGUUCACACAGUAUUAUCCACAAGCACAGUCGAUAAAUAUUAUUGGGUAUUCCCUCAAGCAUGUCGUCAAUGCCCACUCGAUCAUUCUUGUGUAGCGAUAUUGCAUAAGUUUGAAUAUUACAUGGUAGGGUAAUGUGUGACAUCGAAUUUUCUAAACAGAUAACGUUGUAUACGAACAUAGUUGAUUUUGAGCAUUAAAUCUCGACUUUUUAUACUCUCAAUGAAGUAGGGGAAGUGGGUAUUUUCCCCUCUCAUGAAGCCAAUGCACGCUUGACCAUUCGAGCAUAACACGGUAUUGCAUGUCAAUUCUGCCCUCAUUUUGUACAAAAUCAAUUCGACGUUGCACCAUCCAAGAGUGCAUUGCGUAAUCUGAGCAGUGAUGACGUUAUGAGUACGUGUCCAAAUAUUGCAAAUCAUCAGUAUUGUCAUUUAUUCCUAGAUGAGAUAUGUUAGUACCGGGGUCUGUAUACCCCUACCCCGGAGGUUAUGCAUGUAUUGCGAAGUUGGUUGUUAUAGUGAGCAGUAAUGUGUAUGAUUUCCUGUCAGAACAAGCUAGUAAAAAUCAUCCAUGCGCAUCUUUGCUUUGGCUAUGCACAGCAUCAUGUGCUUGUUUGCCGUGUUUUAAAUAAAUAUAUAAAUAUCCUCAAAAGCAAAUGUCUUUUUGUUUCAUGUCUUUGUCGAAAUACAAUCCCUUAAUUGUCGUGUCAAGAAUGGAGAAAUUGCAAAUAGUUUGGAUAUUAAUAUUGAAGUACGCGGCCGAAGUAAUCAUUCAUCUUUUUAUAAUUUGUUUCAUCAUUACAACCAUUUUCUUUUAAAGAUGAAGAAACCCUAUUGCUAUAUACGUCAUUAUAUCAUAGUGUAAAUUGUAGUACGUUUCAUUAUUUCUUUUGGUUUUAAUUUUGGCAAGGUGACAUCGCGACUGUCCGAAUAUUGAUCGUUGAAUAUUUAUCGAGUAAUAAGUAUCCGCAACAACCAUGAAAACAAGAUACAACGUUGAGUUUAUGGUCCCCAUGAAUGCAAAUAUCCGUAAAAGAUAAGAGUAUUUCACCCCUUGGACCGAAAUCAAAGGAGACGCAACAAUGUCCAAUUUGUUUAAUUUGUUCAGUUUGUUCAUUUUAUCCAUAUCGUUCAAUUCACUUUGUUCAAUAUUUGUAGCACAAAUACAUUAUUUACAUCAAAAAGCCUAUUCCAAUCGAAUUCUACUUACAAGAAAUCCACGCUAUUAUUCAAAUUAACCAUUUUGUUUCAAUCAUCCAUCUCUUUCAUUUUAAUUUCUUCAAAAUGAAUGAUUUCUCGUCAAUCCAUACUGAAAAAAGGUUACUUAAACCUAUCGCCUUGUAAAACUAAUUCGUGUGAAAUGAACAUAGGAUGCAAUUAGCAUCUAUAAAAUGUUAAAGAAAAAUAUAUGGUAGUAAAAUAAAAUGUUUGUUCAAUUUGUUCAGUUUGUUCAUUUUGUUCAUAUUGUCGAAGCAAAAAAUACAUUAUUCAAUCUGUUUCUAUCCCAAUCGCAUUCUAUUUACAAAAGAUUCACGAUGUUAUUCAAAUGGUUCAAUUGUUCCUAUCAUCCAGACAUCGAAAUCAAAGGAAACGCAACAAGAUAAUGUUCCGAUAGUUCUUGAAAAGAAAAAAAGAGGAUGCCUAACAGUGAGGCACCCCGAAUAACAAAUGAAUCAUGGUGUUGGUGAAAAAAAAUGUAAUGAGUCCUAUUUACACAUCUACUGCAGAGAUGAGCUUUCACCGUUUUGUAAAAAUGAAACACCUCAGUCUCGAACAUUCUAUCGAUAUAACAAUGGGACUAUGCUUUGAUCAGAAUAUCAAGGCUUUUUUACUCUUCUAUAUCAAAAUAUAGAUGCAGCAAUCUUUUAAGGAGUAAUAUAAUAGGAAGAGAAUAAGCUAGAAACAUUCUAUACCACUAUCAUAGACCCGUUCAA